CAGUGGUAAGAAACCGGGCGGUGGCGAAUCGUUGGACAAGUUUGGAUCAACGAGUUAAGCGGCCACGCGUAGAAGAGUCGAACGUUGAUUGGCUUGUGAUAAUAUGGAAACAAUGGAACGGCCCCACUCAGCGAUUCGAAAACCGUUCAUAACCAAUGAAAGAACGCUCACACGACCUCACUUGAGCCAAAGAUUUUUUUAAUUUUUUUUUGGAUCAAAGAGAAGAUCCCCCAUCCCGGUAGAUCACCUAUAAAAGGAACGCAUCAUUUUCCUGAUUCCUUUCUUUUUUUGUUUUCAUUAUAACCUUUAUCUGUCCUCUCUCUUCCUUACCUACUCCCAUUUCUCAUUGUCCUUGAACAUGACAGCUGCCUUGUCCAUUCAGGAGCAACAACAAUUCGCGACAGCCGAAGAAAAGUUGAAGAGUCUCGAGAGACUCGACGAUGGCGCUGGCAAACAAUGGAAUUGGUUUACUAUCCGUACGAUUUUGACUUCCGGAGCCGGUUUUUUCACGGAUUCCUAUGAUGUGUUCAUCAUUAACUUGGUGACGCCUAUGCUUGGUUUCGUGUAUUAUGCUCACAAUGGCAACAAGAUCCCUUCGGAUAUUGAAGGUAUCCUCAAGGGCAUGGCAUCCGUCGGUACCUUGAUCGGUCAACUUGUCUUUGGUUUCAUGGGUGAUAUCUUUGGUCGCAAAAUCUACGGUCUCGAAUUGAUGAUCAUUAUUCUCGGUACCAUCAACUGUGCUACUUCUGCUUCCGCCAUCCGUGGUGUCUCGGCCAUUGGUUUCCUUGGUCUCUGGCGUUUUAUUCUCGGUAUCGGUGUGGGUGGUGAUUACCCCAUGUCAGCUACCAUUACCUCGGAAUGGUCCUCGGCCGGUCGUCGUGGUAUGAUGAUGGCGCUCAUUUUCUCCAUGCAAGGUAUCGGUAACUUGGCUGCUGCCAUUGUCACCUUGAUUCUUUUGGCCAUUUUCAAGAACGCCAUUAUUGCCGAUGUCAUGAAUUUGGACUAUGUGUGGCGUCUCUGUAUCGGUCUUGGUGCCGUGCCUGCCGUCGCUACCAUCUACCUUCGUUUCACCAUGCCUGAAUCGCCCCGUUACGCUCUCAAUGUGCAGCACGAUGUCGAAGCCGCCGCGGCCGCCAAAGGUCAACAAGCCUCGGAUGAACUGGUCAAGCAAUACACCAAGGUCGAAGAGAAGCGUGAUCACUGGGCCGAAUUCCGCGCUUACUUUAGCCAGUGGAAGCAUUUCAAGGUUCUUCUUGGUACCUCGUUGUCUUGGUUCCUUUUGGAUGUCGCUUUUUACGGUAUUGGUCUGAACAACACGUAUGUGCUUUCGGCCAUUGGUUACUCCAACAAGGACACUCCCUUUGAGACCUUGUGGGCCAACACCGUGGGUCAAAUCAUUAUUACUUGUCUUGGUUCCGUUCCUGGUUACUACUUGACCGUCUUCCUCAUUGAACGUUGGGGUCGUCGUCCCAUUCAGAUCAUGGGUUUCGCUGUGUGCACGGUUCUCUUUGCCAUUCUUGCCGGUGCUUACUACAAGUUGCGCGAUGAAGCUUUGCCUGCUUUCAUUUUCAUUUUCACAUUGUGCCAGUUGUUCAUGAACUUUGGUGCCAACAGCACAACAUUUAUCAUUCCUGGCGAGGUGUUCCCUACCAAGGUGCGUGCUUCCGCUCACGGUAUUUCCGCUGCUUCUGGUAAAGCCGGCGCUAUCCUGGCCGCUUUUGCUUUCAACGUGUUGGUCGAUAUUGGUUCCACCAAGAAGGGUGAGCACGCUUUCUUGCCUCAAACAUUGGGUAUCUUUGCCGCUGUCAUGUUCCUCGGUCUGGUCGUCACGCUGCUUUGGAUCCCCGAGUCCAAGGGCAAGGAUCUCGAAGAAUUCGAAGAAGGCUACAUUGCUCCCGUCGCCAUGGCCUCGGGCUCUUCUGGCAAUUCCAGCGUCCAAGAUGAAGCCAUCCUUCACGAUGCAAACUCUGGCGCCGCACAGAAAGUCUAGAUAGACCAACCUUUUUUUUAUCUCCUCCAUUCUCUUUUUAUCUCGCAUGUAGUUUUAUUGUAUCAUCUUAAUCCCAUCUAUUUAUACGCUCUUCUUUUGUAAAUAUACCAUUGAUCUCUUUUUCAAAAAUCAUUAUUAAACAACUCGCUGAUUCAAAUUGA